AUCUUUCACGUGUGUGCUUCUGCUGUCGCAACAUUUAUCUUGUGCACACUGUAAUGUUUGCUAUAUACUUUUAAAUUUCACCAACUGACACAUACAUAGAGAGAAUUAUGACCUCCAGCUGUCGACGGCCCGAACACUCUGCUCCUCCUGAUGUGUUCUACAACGAAGAAGAAGCCAAGAAAUACUCUCAGAACUCUCGAAUGAUUGAGAUCCAGAGCCAGAUGUCAGAGAGAGCUGUAGAGCUGUUGAAUCUACCAGACGGGCAGCCGUGCUACCUGCUGGAUGUUGGGUGUGGCUCGGGACUCAGUGGAGACCAUCUGUCAGAGGAGGGACAUUUUUGGGUUGGAGUCGACAUCAGUACUGCAAUGUUGGAUGUUGCAUUGGGGAGAGAAGUAGAAGGAGAUCUUUUACUUGGAGACAUGGGCCACGGGAUGCCUUUCCGGCCCGGAACCUUUGACGGCUGCAUCAGUAUCUCUGCUCUGCAGUGGCUCUGUAAUGCAGAUAAGAAGACACAUAGUCCCCCAAAGAGACUCUACACCUUUUUCAGUACUUUGUAUGCUUCUCUGGCGAGAGGCUCACGUGCAGUUUUUCAGAUUUACCCAGAGAACUCCGAACAGCUUGAGCUGAUCACGGCUCAGGCCAUGAGGGCCGGCUUCAGUGGAGGCAUGGUGGUGGACUACCCCAACAGCAGCAAGGCCAAAAAGUUUUUCUUGUGUUUGUUUGCUGGAGUAUCAGGAGUUCUUCCCAAAGGACUUGGACUGGAAACAUUGGAAAGAACUGUUGCACAGCAUGUCCAGUAUUCAGGACAGAGAUGCCGUUUCAAAAACAUGAAGGGAAAAUCUGUGAAGAAGGGAAGAGAUUGGAUCUUGGAGAAGAAGGAGAGGAGGAGACGACAGGGACGGGAUGUCCGCCCAGACACAAAGUACACUGGACGUCAGAGAAAACCUCAUUUCUAGCCUCAUGCAGCUUUACCAUUGAAAACUGAUGGUAAACAACCUGCAAACACUCGCCUCUGGAGCUGCCAAGUAUUGGACUUUAUUUUUCAGUUUUGUAAUUAGAGUUGACGAGAUGUGAAAAUGACAGGCUGCUGAAGGAAAUCACUUCGAUAUUUGGACAACCUUUGACAUGUUGGACAAAUUGCUCCUCCUACAUGGCAGUCAGAGUACAUUCUGCAUUUAUUAUUGAUGGAAUCUACCUUGUACUUUGACACACAGAAAACAGUGACAGAUUGACCACAACUCUUGUUCAGCGUCACUGUCUCAAAAUGGUAACUUUUUCCGAUAAAUUAACAAUUACUCAUUUGAAACUGGACAACAGAAAUUUUUGUGGAGUAAUUUUUCUUUUUGCUAUAAACAGAAUAAAAACAACCACCAGCAUUUGGUGAAAACAGAAUGGAUUGUAAAUUUCAUGCAACA